AUUGGCAGUUUGCAUGACAUGACAUGUGGCGAAACAAGCUGAAAUGCAAACCAGACCUAGAAAAAACAGCAGCCUAAUCCUACACAUCGUGCAUUGUGCGAAAUAGUUUCGACCCGCUGCCCUUUCCAACCGCACGAGCAGGCUGGGGAUUCCAUGAUAUGGCUCAAAUAAUGAGUUGGCACACAAACCGUUAAAUAUAACCCAUUGAGGAGAAAAAUUAGCAUCAGUCUGUCUUUGGAACUUGGGUGGUUAAUUCGGUGAUCAUCCAUUCUGGGGAAAAGGUCUUAUUUACACGCAUCCUGUUUUUGUGCAUUCCCAGGAAGGAAGUGACGCAGCCUGACACACACUAAAUGACAGCUUGUAUAUUCGGAAUUAAAGUGGGCGAUGCCGGAAUAAAGUUCCAAAUUCAUGUGACCAAGCGAUCGAGUUUGUUAUUCAGAACCCAUAAAAAGGAAAGAAGAGGAACUCGCGAAAUAUUGAGCAAUAGUUAAGAAAUUAGGACGAUGACAAAUCCUGGUCUGCCUCUGGGACACUGUCGACAGAUAGCGGUGCUGAUUUUGAUCUCCUGCAUUACUUACGUCUCACCUGAUGUGUUACGACGCGACGUGGGGCACCCAACUUUCACUCCUGGUGGCGGUGGCGGUGGGGUCCAGAUGGACCCUCCGCCCUACAACGUGAGCAUACAUCACCUGUCCCCCCAUUCUGUCGAGGUCAGUUGGAACUGCAAAGGCCAAAACUCCCACGACAAAUACGAAGUUACGCUUAAACCCCUCGAAGCCAGUUACAGAGUAAUCGAGACCGUCCCCUUCAACACGUGCUUCAUAAAAUUGGAACGGCUCGAUCCCAACACGAGCUACCAAGUUUCUGUGGCCUCCUUUGCUGGAAAGGUGCGGAAACGAUCCAGCUCCGUCAUCUUCAGAACUUUUGCGGACGUGGAUGUCGAUUAUGGGGACGUUGUUGAGGACGAUACUUCACCCUCGACAGCCACCUCGCCCUCGUCCUCCCAGGGCGGCAAAGACCGGCUCCGACUUCCCAGGGUACGCCUCGUGGAAGUGAGUUUGGUGGGAAUGGCGCUGAUUUUGUGGGCAGGAGCCAUCGUCCUCUUCUUCCACCGCUGGGGAAAAAUAAGAAUGCUCCUCCCCUUCACACCCGACUACAAGGAGAUGAAGAGGACCACCUCCAUUUGCGCCAACUGCUCCAUGACGCCCCAUCACCAGUGCUGCCGAGUGCAUCAGUUGGCAUACGCUGGUGCGGAGUUCGUGGGACCGCUCGUCGGAGGUCCGGUGACCAUGUCGCUACCCACGAAGGCCGACCUCGUCACCGUCCCAGUCACCGACACGGGUUGCAGCCCAAUCCGACCGAGAUUAAACUCAUUCAUCGUCUACGACAUCAACGACUGCAGAAAGGAACAUCGUGCAGGAAUGUAUCGGAAAUCAAAGAGUGCUGAGCACUUGGCACACUACGCCCCCUUCACGGAAGAGGAGCCUCAUGGGGACAUUAUUUCUGUGGAUGUGGCUGGAACAGAAAUUUGAUUCAUUAUUGUUCCCAUAUUUUACGACAAAGAGCUACAGAACACGGUUUUGGGCUACAAUUCAAUAACUCACUAAUUUUAUACAGCUUCAUUUCCGGCAAGAUAGAUUUGGUCCAAGUAUAAAGACGGGGAAUUCUAUCUUCUCAACUAUUUGCAAGCCCCCUCACACAAUAAUAUUCGUCUCAAAGUAUUGGGAAGAAUUAACUGUCUCUAUUGCGCAAUUCUAAUAAAUAUGUAAAUAAACCAAUAAACGUUGAUACUGCUACUGUUUCGUAA